GACUGCAGGAGCGCCAACGCUGAUGCCCCAAGGGGAGCUAACUGUUACUGCACGCCGGCCAAAGGCUGCUACCAUCGUCACUUCCUAGUAAAGCCCAUCGUAGUAGACAGCAGUCGCCGACGUGGAGGAAUAUUCAGCAACAAAAACAAGGGUUCUCACGACUCUGACUACUACCUAGAGGUCACUGUAACAAACCACGCCAAACUAACAACAAAGGUGGAGUUUAAAGUGACAAUAGAUGCAAGUCCCCUCAUCCUGGUGUGGCUCACGAGGGUCAGUUGGGGAACCCGGAAGUGGACUACCAGCAGCAUCUCCAACUCUACACUCACUGGGACGGAUUCUUUGACAAAGAGAGCGGAGUCAAAUUCUACCAAUAUAAAUUUGGGUCUCACUGUCUCUCAGCGAAUGAAUUUGGAGCUGAUAAAUCUUUAGUCGAGGUCACAGAAACCUAUUCCACAUCCGCCUCCUGGACAGCGCCCUCUGUCGGCAAGUAUCACGUGACAGUGGUGGCCUUCAACCGAGCACUGGAAGCAUCUGACCCAGUGUGUUCUGACGGAGUGACUGUAGACACAACACCACCCAAUGUCAGUGAGGUGGCAGUGAGAGACUCCAGGGUGAUGGAGGGGCUGGUCAAGUCAUCAGAUAAUACUGUGUGGUUCAUCGACGCCGACAGGAGGCGUACCCUGGUGGUCAAUCCAGAUGGCAGUUGCAGUUCCAAGGCCACACCAUCGGAUAACAAGAGACUGUCCCUGUUUCCAAUACUUCGGUACAACAGUGGAAGUGGGAUGCAUCUUGGGAUCAAUCAGGAGUGUGAAUCUUUACUAGCAUUGCCUGUCAGCUUCACCGAUUUACUCUAUGUCUACAGGGAACACCACCUCUUCGUAAACUGGACUGGCAGUGACUCUGAGAGUAGUAUCUAUAACUACGAGCUGGGGCUGAUGUCAGAUCCUUCUGGUGAAGCAGCUCCAGAUAUCCUGCCCUACACGUCCACUCAUCAUCAUCCUCAAUAUCAGGGCUACCAUCCUCGUCUCAGUGAGGGGCAACAGUUCUACAUUGCCAUCAAGGCCAUCAACAAAGCUGGCAUCUCAACUGUCAGAGUUGUCGGACCAGUCACCGUACAUACACGAUACCCUAUAUAUUCUGGACCAAUGACAGUAAUGCUGAGGGACAACUAUUUGAUUGCACGAUCUGAAGGCGGUCAGUCGACAAUAAUCCCCUUCACGACGCUGCAGUCAGGAGGAGGUUGUACACUGACAUCGCCACCCACGUGUACAGCCGUCUCCCUCACAGACCUCCACUGGGACCUCCAUCACAGCCACACCUACUUUGUGUCAGUCAGAGUCACCAACAUAGUAGGACUGUCUACAAUAGCAGUGUCUGAACCCUACGUCCAUGACGUCAUGCCGCCGUUACGUGGUGUAGUAGAAGACGUUAUUCCAGCUGGGAGAAGAAUCUUUGCUUGA